AUGCGUUCUAAUAAGAAGAAUCUAGUGAAAAAGAAACAGUGGUUAUGGGCUGAAGACACACAUCCUGAUAACAUCAACGAUAGUCAUGUUAGUAAAGCGUUUUUUUUAGAACUUCGCAAAUGUAAACCUUUAUCUAACCAUCGAGCUUGUAGCAGCAAUCCCUUUUGUUUAUCCACACUAGGUGAACAACAUUGGCUUCAAAAUAAAUACUCUCUAGAUGAAGAUCCAGAACUAAAAUAUAGAGAAACAAAAGCUUUCUGUGGUUUAAAAAAUUUAGGAGCAACUUGUUAUAUUAACAGUUUGCUUCAGUUAUGGUUCCACAACAUUAACAUUAGAAAUGCCAUAUUGAAUUGGAAUCCUAUGGAAGAUGAGACUGAAAUACUACAUAACCCAACUCUUUUCAUUGAAAACGGAUAUGAGCCCAUAACUUGUGUUGGUCAAUUGCAAUUAGUAUUUGCAUUAAUGCAAUUUGGUAAACAUAAAACAAUAAAUCCAGAAGCGUUCAUAAAAUCUUUAAAAAUAGAUACAAGCAUAGAACAAGAUGCAGAAGAAGACAUGGUACAAAACAAUUUUCGAGGCGAAUAUCAGAGUGUAAUUACAUGCUUGACAUGUAAAACUAAAUCUAAAAGUUGUUCAACAUUUAGGGAUCUAAGCUUAAACAUUGAAGGUCAUCAAACUUUAAACGACAGCUUGAGAGAUUAUUUAAAAGAAGAAGUUCUAGCUGGGGAUGACCAAUACUAUUGCAAUCAGUGUGAAGGAAAACAAAAUGCUGUGCGUCAAAUGUGUUUGACUGUAUUACCUUCAGUAUUAAAUUUUCAACUAAUGCGGUUUGUCUACGAUCGAAAAUCAAUGCAGAAAACAAAACUAAACACUAUAAUAAGAUUCCCACAAACAUUAGACAUGGCUCAAUAUUUAAACUUACCUAAAAAACUCAAUGCAACUUCAAGAAAAAAUUAUAAGUACAACUUAUAUGCGGUACUUAUCCAUAAAGGCUCCAGUGCUAAUUGUGGUCACUAUGUUGCCCAAAUCAAAGAUAACACUACACAACAAUGGUACCAAUUCAAUGAUGAUCAAGUGGAUAAGCUCACAAUUAAAGAACUGUUAACAAAACAUAGAGCUACAAAUUGA